CAGUCCGCUGGCCCCGCCCUGCUCUAACACUCAGUUUAUUUCUCAGAGACUUUUUCACCAGACUGCUUUCUUCUCUCCACCUGCUUACACGAAAGCUGCACUCAACCACACUGGGGGAACUGCUUCUUUCCUGAAAUAUCUCACCUAAGGAAAACUUUUGCUCAUCCAAACUCGCUCUUUUACUAAAGGGAAGCUACUUCAAGGCCUCUACGUUACCUUUUCUCCCAGGAUGGCAGCUGAUAUAACCGAGAGCUCCUCUGCGAGUGUCGUGCAGAAGCUGCAAAGUUACGUGCGGACCCCGAAAGGCACCAUCCUCGCUGCAGAAAUAGUUCUCAGUCUCAUAAUCCUUAUCUGCUAUGCUUCGUCCUGGUAUGGCGGCUACACUGUUCCUGCCGUCUGCGAGAUGUGCUUUGCUAUCGUGUUCUUCUGUGUCUUCAUGAUGGACCUGGACAAGCAGUUUACAGCCAUCAGCUGGGUCUGGAGUGACUUAAUCCGUGCCUUUACUGGCACUCUAGUUUACCUCAUCACGUCGCUCGUCUGCGUCAUCAGCGGAGCCGGGGACGGAGCGCUCAUCGCAGGCGGGGUGUUCGGCUUGCUCGCUGGUCUCCUGUUUGCAUAUGAUACGUACACCAUCUACCUGCAAAUCAAGAGCGCCAGGUCGCAAACUGAAGGUUCUGGUGGCACAGCUUAACCAGUCCACACAUCUGUCAUCGAUGCUGCAGAAAUACAAAAACAGAGAAGAGCGGCUCACUGAAGGGAGAUGGACAGUAAAAUGACCAGGUCACAGUUUUAAUCAUUGCAACUGUAUGGUGUGAACAAAUGAGAAGUAUUUUAGCAGAUGCCUGAGAGGAAUACCACAGAACCAAAGUGAGAGGCACUGUACUGUACAUCUGUAUCUGCAUGUGUGCUGCGGUGGGAAAAACCCCCAAGUUUUUGUUCCGACCAAGACAGACCAUCGACUAAACAGGGAAACCUGACAUUAAUAAGGUAACAAAAGACUGUUUGGUCUCUUCAAAUAGCUUUUCUAAUACUUUUCUUUACUGUUAACGAACUGCUGUAGGAAAUAUUAAUUGUGUUAUUUGGACAUCGGAAGUAACUGAUGCAUUAGGAGUUAUUUAAAAACAGAUAAUAUUCAUCUUGUCAUUGAUGUCAAUAUUUGUUUUUGUAAAAGUCAGUAAAACAUUAUAAUACACAGUCUCUAUUUUUUUAUGAGGGUUUUGUUAAGAGGUCAUGAGUAAUAAAUAUGUCACUAACUUAAAUUGACUCUCCUGGCAUUUUCAGUUGGAUAAAAUUUUGAACUAAGCAAAAGGCUCAACGGAUAAACACAGCAAAAAACAGAAAAUCUUAACAAAUAUUUUGGUCUAGUUUCUAGUAAAACAUCCUACAACACUUGAAAUAAUACAAAACUGACUUAUAAUAGAUUUUCAGCAAGAAAUAGGAGCUUGUUUAGUAAUUAAUUAAUACUGAUGAAAAGGCGCUACUUCCUUUGGCAGAUCAUUUCACUUACAACAUCGGAAAAAUGUCUUGUUAUGUGAAAUAAUCUGAAAAAGAACUAGUUCUUCUUCACAAAUAUUAAGCUAUUUACUUACAACAAGUUCGUAUUUAUUUCUAUAAAGUUAAUUAGAAACCAGACCAAAAACUCCUGGUAAGAUUUUGGUUUUGCUGCGAAGAUGCUCAUAUUUUAUGGAUUUGCGUCAAGCUAAUGUGGCCGUUGGAGAAACAGUCUGUUCACGUAAACGGGCCAUGCUAAGCGCUACUAGCGCUACUAGCUAACUCUUAAACUCUGAAAUAAACAAAGAGAUACUUUUAAUGUCGCUGUGUUUUAAUAAAUCAGAGAUGCAAGAACCUAUUUAAAACAAAAUGGCCCUUUUUAAUGUCAUUUAUUCGGACAUUAGGAGAGUCAGAAGGCGCAUAGCUAUUAGCGGCUAACAGUACAACAGUGGUGCUGGAUUCAGUUGGUAGCGUUUUGGUUUGGCGCUGAUACUGUUUAGCUUAUAAUCUCUUGCUUUUCUAAAGCAUUUUGUUUCAACCUUUUCGCCACAUUUCGGUACUGACACAACCCUUUUUGGUACUGAAGUUUGCGUAAAGGAAAUUAUCCUUGAAAUAAAGGGCUAUUUAGACCAGUUAACCAUACUGGAGACUUUUUUUCAUCCACUUUUUAGUAGAAAGAGAUAGAGGCACAAAAAACAAUCAAUCAUGCAAAUGGGAAUUAUCAAACUCAUGCGAUUAAUUGAUUUAUUGCUUAUUUGUGACAGGCUUAAUUGGCUAUCAGCAAUAUAUGAUUUGUAGAUAAAAGUAUUAUUAUUUGGGAUUAGCACUAGCAAAGGACAGCUUGCAUUUUAGGACUUCAUGUCUCAGGAAAACACAAUCAGACACCAAAAAAACAUUGAUUCCCAGACAAUUAUCCAUAAAAAGGCCAAACGGAUGCAAAGGGAAGAAUGCAACUGAUUAAAACUUGCGAUAUUGUCACUCCAGAGGGCGCUGUUGCCUCAAUACAUACAGCUUAACCUUACAGGACUGGAACGCUGGAAAUUUCCCAUUUUUAUUUGUAUGAAGCAAACAGAAGCAAUAAAAACAAAGUUUGAAUCCCAGAUUUUACAGCAACCUCCAUAUCUGAUGCUAUAUUACUCAGAACAUAAUUUAAAA